AUGUCGAGUCUUAAAAGAAGCAAAACGUUACCUGCGGAUGGACAAACUGCAAAAUUUCUCUACACUAUUUUGAAGCAACUAGACUUAAAAUCGAUCGACUGGAGCCUGGUAGCGUCUCAGCUAGACAUUACUAAUGGGCAUGCAGCAAGAAUGCGGUUUUCUCGCUUUAGGCAGCAUAUGGAAGGAAUAACGAGCACGUCGAAAGCUCCUCGCACAAAGAAGCCGAAGGCUGACAGGCCGAAGCCAAAGAAGCAGACUUUUACUGAUUUAAAGGCUCAGCCUGAGAUGCCUCGUAUUAAACCAGAAGCUGUUGUUAAGGUCGAGGAGGACAUCUGCAGUCAAAUAGACCCCAGCCUUCUGGAGAUACCCCGAUACUCGGAACCAGCUCAACCCCAUCCUUUUGCAACCGUUGCUCCCGCGGAGCUUUCAAAUCCUUUCGCUCCUUCCGAAAUACCAAUAGGUUAUUCGCGGCCGCCUGUUGGGGAGAACUGGGCUCACAUCAAGCCUGAGCCAUGCAGUCAAGUGGCUUUUAUGGAGAAUGUGUUUGUGAAAAUGGAGCCGAAGUACUGA